AUGGCCAACGACAGUUUUACCAAUGCUCGACCAGGUGACAAUGACGGCACUGCCCCCGAAGCACCAGACAGGUCCAUCAAGGUGUUCACUAUGCUAGAAAACAAUCCGGAAGUUAUGAACAACCUUGCUUAUCGACUCGGUCUUUCGAAGCAGCUUUCCUUUCAUGACGUUUAUUCCCUCUACGAUUCUGACAUGCUGGACAUGCUCCCUCGACCUGUCCUAGCUUUACUAGUCACAGUUCCCAUGUCCGAAGCUUGGAAACAAGACCGCGACUCGGAGGAUGCGCCUCUGCCAUGGUACGAUGGCGCGGGCCAGGAAGAGCCGGUAAUCUGGUUUCAGCAAACCAUCAUCCAUGGCUGUGGGCUCAUAGGCCUUCUGCAUUGCAUCUUUAACAGUGUUUCUUCAGAGAUGAUUGUGCCCCGAAGUGAGCUGGCUAAUCUCUUGGAGAAAGCAGUGCCUCUUGGGAUGCAUGAAAGAGCAAAACUUCUGAAUGACACUGAGAAGCUCUUUGAGGAAAACGAGGCUGUCGCACGUACAGGCGAUUCCCAACCUAUAGAUUGCGAUGAAUUUACCGCAACCGGGAACCAUUUCGUAGCUUUUGUGAAAGGUCGUGACGGACAUUUGUGGGAGCUCGAGGGCUCAAGGAAAGGGCCCCUUGAUAGAGGACCUCUGGGGGAGGGCGAUGAUGCUAUUAGCGAUCGGGCAUUAGAGCUGGGUAUCAAGCGCCUUAUCGACAUGCGGCGUGAGGGUAGUGGAGAUUUGAUGUUCUCCUGCAUUGCUCUCGCCCCCAAUGUUGAGUAA